AUGGCUUCAGGAUACGGACUUGCUGGUGGCCCAUCCCGCUGCUUCCCCUUCUGGCAAGAAGUCCUAGCAUGCUACACCACCAACACAAACGCCGAGGACGAUUCGGGCAAAGCAAAAUGCGCACCCGUCCUUGAGGACUACUACGAGUGCCUUCACCACAAGAAGGAGGCCGCCCGUACCCUCGCCCUCCAGGCCGCGUACCGCAAGGCCGAAGCCAACAUAAAACGCGACGACGCACCUUCAGCGGGCGAGAUAAGGCGAUUGGGUGUCUUGGAUGCGCCGCUUGAGGAGAAGAACCUCAAGCCGAGCAAGUGGUUCCCGCACAAGGAGAUUAACUAG